UCCUGUCGCUGCUGCUCCGCCGGGGCGCCCCGCCAGGCUCUCCACACCCCUGGUGCCGAAGCCACUCUCCACCGUCACUGCCGCCGCCCUCGGCCCGACAGGAUGCAGGCUAUCAAAUGCGUGGUGGUGGGAGAUGGAGCCGUGGGAAAGACCUGCCUUCUCAUCAGCUACACCACCAAUGCCUUCCCGGGAGAGUACAUCCCCACCGUGUUUGACAACUACUCAGCUAACGUGAUGGUGGACAGCAAGCCGGUGAACCUCGGGCUGUGGGACACCGCCGGGCAGGAGGACUAUGACCGCCUGCGGCCGCUCUCCUACCCGCAGACAGAUGUCUUCCUCAUCUGCUUCUCCCUCGUCAGCCCAGCCUCCUAUGAGAAUGUCCGCGCCAAGUGGUUUCCUGAGGUUCGGCACCACUGCCCCAGCACACCCAUCAUCCUGGUGGGCACCAAGCUGGACCUGCGGGAUGACAAGGACACUAUCGAGAAGCUGAAGGAGAAGAAACUGGCACCUAUUACCUACCCACAGGGCUUGGCACUAGCCAAGGAAAUUGAUUCGGUGAAAUACCUGGAGUGCUCGGCCCUCACCCAGCGGGGCUUGAAAACGGUCUUUGACGAGGCCAUCCGGGCGGUCCUGUGUCCCCAGCCCACACGGCCACAGAAGCGCCCCUGCAGCAUCCUCUAGGGGUUGUCCCAACCCUCCCAGCCAGAUGGUUCUGACCCUCCAGGGCCCCCACCCGAAGCCUGAUGGCACCCCAGCUGGCCAUGCUGUCCCCUUCCUGUGGCGUUUCUUAGUAGAUGGUGCAGAGCUUGGUCGCUCGUCUUCUCUGUGCUGGAGGCCCCCACGAGUCCGAAGGUGUGAAUCUGCAGGUGCUGUGUCCCAAUCCCCUCAUGCUCUUGCCUUCCCAGGGGCCAGAGGGGAGCCCCAGGGCCAAUAAGCCACCCUUGCAUUCCUGUGGUGUGCCCUCGGCUGCAUAUGGCAGCGACUACCCAUUUAUCCUAGCCCCACCCGAUGCCUGAACCUCCUCUGGAAACUCGGCCAGAUGGUCGCUGGCCACCACUUGUAUAUCUCCAGGGACGGGCCUCUCGCUCCCCGCUGAGGCAGUCUACCGCAAUACUGAUGGUCCUGCUUGUCUGAAAGUCCUUCUGCUGUGCUAAAAUGUGUGUCUUGGAAGUCUGUCCCUCUGGUCUUAAUUCUCCAUGGGGACGACAUAAAGCAAAUCAGAUGUUUAAAAUCUCUGUGGGCAUCUGCCCAGCCGACCGAAAGCCUGGGUCCCGCUGACUCCUGCCUUCUCUCCAGUCCUUCUGCCCCACCCACAGGACCCUGAGCUACAUUUACCUGGGAGUUACCCGACGCUGCUAGCCAGGACUUCUGCUAUUGCGAACAGAAAACCCAAUUCAAUCUGCUUAAGUAGAAAAUAAAUGUAUCGAUUCAAGUUUGGAAACUGACUUCAGGUGCAGCGUGAUCGAGAGGGCUUGGAUGACGUCAUCAGGGCUCACUUUCCUGUACCUCUUUGCUUUGCCUUCUGCUCUCUGGGUCAUUCUCAGGAAGGUGACUCUCAGGGCUUCAUUCUUUCAGGUUCAACUUCAGCAAAAAAGAACAAGUGCUUGCCCCAGACCAAGUUCUAAUUGAGAUUUACUCUGAUUGGAUCAGCUUAGGUCUUGAGUCUCUUUUCAAUCAAUCAGAUUUGGUAGGGAGCUGCUGUGCUCUGAUUGGCCCAGCCUGGACCACUUGACAGCUAGAGUAAGGAGUGGAGGUGCCUUGUCCAACCACAGGCGCCAGGGUGGAGGGGUUGGUCCCCAAAUGGAGAUUGAAAGCCUUGCUGGAAUUUGGGAAUAUGGGUGUCGGGCAGCUGGAAACCCACAACUUCUACUACUGGAGGACACAGGAAGGUGUCCCAAGAGCUUAAGGAAGCAAUGACAGUCCCCUCGGUCACUAAGCAAAGGGGAAUUUAUUUAAAAGAAAGAUGGGGCUGUGUAAAGAUUGAAGAAGUUUGUC